ACAGUUCUUGAAGUAUAUAGAGGGUGGUCGUCAAUUUGCAGAAACAUCCAUCAAACCCAAAGCAGAAAAGAAAUGGAAGAGAGUAGGCAUCUACAUCCUGCUGCUUUAUAUACAAGAGGAUGUCGUUUGGCUCAUCCGACUCUUCCUCACACCCUUUUCCCUAAACUCAGCAAAAACAACAAGUCCAAUUGCUUUACAUGUGGGAAACAAGUAUCCACCUCUUCUCGGGGUUUCCAUUACCACUGCACCAUAUGCCAAGUGGAUUUCCACGAAGAAUGUGUAAAUAUUCCUAGAAAAAUAUUACAUCCUUUUCAUCUCCAACACCCUCUCUUUCUAACCUAUGGAAAGCAUGAAAAUAUCAUCGACGGCAGCAAUAUAAGCGACCAAGGCCCUUAUGAAGACCAAGGCACAUCUGCAGAUCCUGGUAAGUCUGGAUGGGGUAGUAUAUUUGAUAAUUGUACUUGGUGUGGGAAUUACAUACCAACACCAAGUUCACAUCCAAGAAGGACAGUUUUCUACCGGUGUUCUAUUUGUAACUUUUGUUUGGAUACCAUGUGCACACAAAGCAUACCACCUCUUACUAUUGAAAACCCAAAAGGCCAUCAACAUUCACUCGCCCUUUUCCCCCGUCCACUCUUAGUUCCUUGUGAUGCUUGUGGAUUGGUCAAUGCGUCGGAAGCAAGUUAUGCUUGUUUCCAAUGUAAUUAUAUGGUCCAUCAACAUUGUGUUGAUUUACCACGCGUCAUAAAGAUCACGCGCCAUCCUCACCGUCUCUCUUAUUCUCCUUACCUUCCACCCCCAAAGUCAUUAUGUCGGGUCUGCUACAAGACCGUCGACAUUAAAUACGGCCAGUAUUCUUGUAAAGACGAGGAUUGCUCUUACGUAGUCCAUACGAAAUGUGCAACACAUGUGAUGACAUGGGACGGGAAAGAACUCGAAUGGGAACCGGAAGAAACCGGUGAAAUUGAAGAUAUUUUUUCCAUUUGUUAUGAAUGCGCUACGAUUCCCAAUGAGUUACACUACAAAUCUGAUAAACAUCCUCUCACUCUUUGUUAUGGAGAAGACACGGAAGACUUUAGGUUAAAGAACCAGAGAGUUCUUCUCAUUCUUGAUGAUGUCUGUUCAUGGGAGUUACAAGCUUUGGGAAAUCUAAUUCAGGAUCUUAGAUUCGGAAGUAAGGUUAUUGUGACAAAUGUAAACCUAAAUACAUUUAGGAGGAACGGGAUCAAUCAGAUUUACAAAGUUGCUUUCCCAUCAAGCGAAGAGGCUCAACAGAUCUUCUCAUACUCUGCGUUUGGACAAAGCUCUCCACCAAGAGGUUACAUGGAGCAUACCACUGAAGUAGCGAAGCUUGUUUCUCCUUUUCCACUUGGUCUCAAGGUUUUAGGAUCGGCUUUACGUGGGAAGAGCAAAGAGGAGUGGCUAAUGACACCAGCUAAACUCGAAACCUAUCUUGACGACAAAGAAAUUGAGAAAGCAAUUAGAUUUGCGUAUGAUGGUUUAUCUGAGAAGCACAAAACGUUGUUUAAUCUGUUAACUGAUAAUAUAAGCUGUGGUGUGAACGUGAAAGACGCCAUAUUCUCGCUUUCGGAGAGAGACUGGGACGUGGAGAAAGGGAUACAAACCCUAGCUGAUAUGGGUCUCAUCUCUAUAUCUAGGGAAAGAGGAAUCAUUAUGCACUGUUUGGUACGGUUAAUGUCUAUAAGGUUAUGUUAG